AUGAAGGUGAUCAUAAGCAAACGGAGCUUCGCGUUUUCUUAUACGAACAAAUCUCGACAGCGGGCCGCAGCCCCGAGUAGGCGCAGGGGCGAGGGCGCGCACGUGACGCGAGGGCGGACACGCGCGCGGCAUGCCGGGCGGCCGCCGGGGGCUCGUAGCCCCGCAGAACACCUUCCUCGAAAAUAUCAUACGGCGCUCCUCGUCACAGCGUCAGUAUUUCACCUACUCCAAAUG